AUGGCAAUUCAGCCUCGUGGUGCCAAAACUAAAAUGAAACUUGGCCAUGAGAGUAUAAUGGACAGUCGGAAAAGUUUACCACAGAUUAAGAUUCAGCAUGGUGAGUGUUUUAUUAUUUUUUUAAAAUAAAAUAGCAAAAUUUUAAAAGUUUAAAAAAUUAAAGUUUACGGCUUUUAAGCGCCUUAAAAGGCGUAUUUUACAAAAUUUUGAAAAUUUUUUUUAUUUUUAAAAAUAUUUUUGAGAUUUAUAAUUAUUUAAUAGCUUAAUAACUUUUGAAAACAUACAAUCAUCUUAUGUUAUGUUUUUCUUUAUGUUAAACAGCCACUGAUCACCACAUAUGUUUUAUUUAUUAGCCACAUCUUUUCCAAAAAAAUUUUCAAGAAUUUUAAAGCUUUUUCUUUUAAGAAUUCUUUAGUUUUUAAUUGUGAUACACUGUGAAACCCUUGUAUUACAAUCUUCAAUAUAACUAUUUUAUAAAUACAGUGGAUCUCUUGUAUAACAAAUGGCUCAGAGAUUUGAAAUUUGUUCGUUAUAUGGGAGCAGUGUUUUGCUGGACCGGUCCGGAUGAGAAUUUUUUUCGGUCCGGUCCGGUCCGAAAAAUUUUCGGUCCGGUCCGGUCCGGCUCUAAUUUUUUUCGCUCAGGUCAGGUCCGGUCCGGAAAAUUUUUUUUUAUUUUUAAAAAGAGCCAGGAGCGCUCAAACUGCUUUCCUUACGUUUAAAAACUCUUAAAAAUAUGUUUUAAUUGCAAUUUUUAAAACAGUUUUAUUAAAAUAAAAAAAAUUUUUUUUCCGGACCGGUCCGGAACUUUUUUUUCGGUCCGGUCCGGUCCGGAAAAUUUUCGGUCCGGUCCGGCUCUAUUUUCUUUUGGUCCGGUCCGGACCGGACGGGUCCGGCAAAACACUGUAUGGGAGUUUCGUUAUAGAGGAGUUUUUUAUACAUGAGUUCCACUGUAUAUAUAACGAAAACUCUCUGUAGUUCCACAGUAUGUAUUUUUGUUUUGUGACGGUCAAAAAUUUUCUUAAAAUCUAUAUAUGUAGUUUUUUUGUGAUAUCUUGUUGUUUAUAUUAUAUAUUACUUCGGCCGUCAAACAAUAGUCAAAAUCCUUUUUGUUUUUUUAUAGUACCGCUUUUUUUAAAUACGCAGUAAAAACUAUAAAAUUUUAUUUUUCCUAUACCAAUCUAUGUUGAUUUUGAAACAUCCCCCGAUUCUAAGCUCACUUCGGUCUACAAAACGAUAAAAUUACUGUAAUUUUGCUAAUUUUUAAGAUUUGAAAAAGAUUUUUUGGACUUUUGUUGACAAUAAGAUGAUUUAUCUUUACCAGAAUUUUCAUGUUCUUAAGUUUAAUUUUGAAAAAAAUGCGUUGCAGGUCGGGUACCUUCCUUGUUAAUAUUUUUACAAAAAAAAUCAUAACUUUUUUUUAAAUUAACAAUAAAAAUGUGAUAAAUUAAGACAUGAUAGAGUAUCUUAUUGCCAACAAAAAUGCAAAACAUUGUUUUGAAAUCUCAAAACUGAUAAGGUUACAGUAACUUUACCAUUUCUCUCCUAAUGUUCAUAACGCAAAAUCCUUUCCUACUACCUCAAAACCCAAAAUUUUAAACCAACCUCCCCUUUCCCUGGCCAAUUUCGAGCGUUUAUACAAACCCAGGGCUAAUUUCCGAUUCCGACUUACUUUGGCCUUUCUCGCCGCGUUCGUAUCUUCCAUUCUACCAUCCAUAUUUGGGCGUAAAUCCUCUCGCUUUUCUUCCAUUCUCUCUUUUUUCGGCCGCUCGCUUUAAAUGCUCUUUUCUGGUCGCUUUUUCCUGGGCCAAGGGUUCAUGAGGACAAACAAAACUUGAACGGAUAUGUUUAUUAAUCAUGCGUUUGAACAGAUAUGUUUAAUAUAAAUAGUGGUUUUGGGGUGACAUGACCUUAUCAGAGUAGUUUAAAGGGUUUUGAGAGGGUUUUUUUAGAAGUUUUGGCUAAGAAUUGGGGGCAUGAUGAAAAAUGGACAAAACAGAAAAUUGAAAAGUUUUUUGAUAAUUAUGUUUAAACCUGUUGAUAAACCAAGGUCUGUAGACCAUAAUAAUGUCGAUUUAAAAUUUUUUCUUGAUAAGAAAUGUUUUAAAAAUUUCAAAAAAGUAAGGAACUUUUAAUUUUUAGCUAACAAAGAAAGUGCCCGACCUGUCCAGUGUUACCAUACCAUUCUAAAAAUACAAAAUUUCGUAUUUUUUGUUUAAAAAAUUGGUUCAAACUUAAAAAUUUUGAGGGUUUUGAGGUUUUUCAGGGAAAAAUAAAGGAUAUGGUUGAGAAAAAGGUUAAAUUAAAAAAAACUAAAAUACAAACAUUUUUUUAUUUACACCAGUUGACAAAGCAAUCUCUGCUGAUUCUAUGAAUAGUGAAUUUAAAAUUUUUUGUUACCUAAAUAUACAGAAAAAAUUAAAAGACGCUAAAAAUUCACUAAUUUUUCCUUAUUUUUAUAAUUUUUUUUGCAGUUUUUGUCUCAUAACUUAUUUUAAAUUUGAAUUUAUAAUUAAAAAACUGGUUACAAUGACUCUCUAAUCUUUUUCAGACGGUAGCAUAACAGAAACAUUCCAGUCCAUGUUCAAACAGAAACUAGGAUCAAUUAUUCAAGAUGGGAUAGCUGAAGGUCAGUUUUUUCGACAGAUUUAGUUUUAAAUUAUAAAUUUUUAAAAAAAUAUAGUACUUUUCUACAUAAAGCUUCAUAGUUCAUCAUUAUCAAUCCUAUUAUUCAAGUUUUACCUACAAAACAAAAAAACCAACAUUGCGACCUGCGUCCGAGUCGCGCAGCCUGCAAAGACGUCAAUGUUUUAUUCUGACGGGCCUUUCAGAAAAAAAUAUUUUUUUUGUUUGAAAUUUGAAUUUUUAGGUAAUAAUUGUAAUUUUAGGUCAAAGAUUUGCACUUUAUUCGAAUUUAUCGCAAAAUUCUGUGAUUUCGCCAAAAUGUGAUAUUGUAGUAGCUUUGAAAAGCCGGGAACAGGAAUUGGCCAAAAUUCAAUGUGUUUGGCUGGUUGAUGUGGUAAGUGUUUUACUUCUAUAAUAAUUUUUUCAGUUUUUGAAUUUUUGAACUUUGUUUUAAUUAAAAAUGGCAGAAAUUUAGUUUAAAAGAGUAAAAUGGCAAGAACUUUCUUUACAAAACAAAAAAUUUGUAGAAAUUUUUUGAAAUGGCAGAAAAUUGCAAGAACUUCCUUUACAUAGCCAGGAAAUGUCAAAAAUACUUUCUUGUAAUGCAUAAAAUUGCAAAAACUUUCUUUCCAACCUAAAAGUUUAAAAUUUUUAGUUAAAACGCCUAGAACCUCAAUUUAAAGUGGAAGUCCGUUACCACACCCUCACCAACUGUUAUGCCCUUUACAUUACAGCAACAUACGUCAGUUUACUGAAGGGGCUGAGCUAUGUCACUUGA